AUGUUGGACUUCGAUGAGUACGAGCAGCAGCUCAAGGAGAAUAAACAAGACAGGGACAAUGAGAACCAGCACAGGAUGAUCAGUCACAGCAGCUCUCAAAGCUGGCAAUACAAACUCCAGAGCUGGGACCUGCACAACCUGGCCAGCCAGAGAAGUGACAAGCAGUGGCCAAGCAAACCUUUGACUGGAAUUGCUAAAGAAAAGCAUGGUGGAUUGUCCCAUUACCCCUGGUCCGAGAACAAGAAGGUCCCUAAAUAUUGGGAGGCCACCACCUGUUCCGAGCACAUCAUACCAAUGCAGUACAAGGCCAUGACAGCUGUGGGUCAGAUGCCAGCCAUUACUCUUCUCACCAUAUCUCCUGCCAGUCUGGCAGUGACCCCAAACCCAUUACAGAUGAUUGGAAGACAAAUGGCUCCACAGGCCCAGUGCCUCAAUGUGGGCAGCUUUCCCUGAGGCAUCACUGAUGAGACCAUGACUGAUUUCUUCAAAGCUAAAACACCCUGAGGGGGUUGAUGAUGUCUGACCCAGGCCCCAGGGCCACCCAGUGUUGCCUGUACAGAUGAACCAGACAAGAAUUUCUGGAGUUCUGAUCAAGUGAACAACACUACUCAGGCCAUGACCUUCUAUGACAACUUCUUCCAAGAACAGUCAUUGAUGAUCUUCAGGCCUCAGGACUAUCAGCCACUGUCUGGGAUGUCAGAAACCUCUGUGUGGGUGCCUGGCGAUGUUUCCAACGUGGUCCCUGACUGUCCCCACAAGCUGUUCACUGGGGGAUUACCCAACUACCUGACAUUGGUGAUGAACAGGGGCCUGGUAAAAGGGCUGCUGACAUAGUUCAGACCUCUCAGGGACUUCAACUUGGUGGAGGACAGUGUCAUGGGGCUCUCCAAUGGCUAUGCCUUCUGUGAGUUCAAGUUCAUCAAUGUAAGGGAUGAGGCCAUGGCGGGGCUGAAUGAGAUGUAGCUUGGGGCUAAACUGCUGACCCAGAGGGGAAGGGUAAGAGCCAAGAAUGCCACCCUGAUGGGCCCUGCCCCAAGCACCAUCAAUCAGCUGCCUAUGACCCUCCGAAUGAGAGGCUUGGUGAGCUCCUAGAUAUGCAUGGGUGGCCACCCAAGCAAGGACCUAUACCUCCUAAAUAUGGUGCCGCAAAAGCUGAUGCAUGACUAGGAGGAUGAAGAGAUUGUACAGGAUAUACAGGUUGAGUUUAACAAACUUGGGCUUAUCAAAAUCAUGGCAAUGACUAGCCCUGUGGAUGGUGUCCAGGUACCGAGCUAUGGGAAGACCUGUGUGGAGUUAACCUCUAUGUUUGACUGCCAGAAAGCUAUGCAGAGUCUGACCAGCCAGGAAUUCUGUUCCAGGUGGCUGGGGAGGAGUGGGAGCAGAUCUGGGUCGGGGCUCCCCCAACUCCCCAACCCCCUUUACUUUCUCUGA